GCGGAACGGGUGCGGAUCCAUUCAUUUCAAUGGGGGAGUAAAAGAUGCGGAUUUGCUGUCCGCAACAGCACUUCCGUGAUGCAUGAAGUAUGAAGCAUGUCCUACUUUUGGCCGCAAAUUGUGGUCCGCGGCCCCAUUGUACUCAAUGGUUCCGCAAAAAUGCGGAUGACAUGCGGAAAGACACCAAAUGUCAUCAUCAUCUGCAAUUCACACGUCCGCAAUUGAAGAUCCACAGGAAGUUGAAAAAAAUUAGCACAUCCUCCUGUCCUGUCCUGUCAAGACUUUCUGAGCCAGAGAAAGUUGUGUGGCAGAAGAGAAGAAUAGGAGAAUGUCAGAAAUCAAUGUGGAAAAACUAAUUGUUCUGAUUCAAGAGCGCCCUGCACUAUGGGAUACACGUGCAGAGAUGUAUCAUGAACGUCUAGAAAAAGACCGCUCUUGGGAGGAAAUUGCAAAGGAAUUGCUGCCGACAGCAUGGUCUGCUGCAUCAACAGCAAAAAAGGCGACAAUCAAACCGUGGACAAUCUUUCUCAAGCUCCAAGAUCUCAUCAAGCAGUGUUAGAAGCUCCGGGAUCUGAAUCUCAGUCAGAACCUCAUGGAUCACAAGCUCUUGCAGAAUCUCAAGCUCUGUCAGAAGCACACGGAUCCGAACAAAUGUCUGCCGAGAUGGAGGUAAUAAUUCAAGCGGAUAACCAGGAGGCUACAGAACAAGAUCCACCACUGCAGCCUUCUGUAGUAAUUGAGGAAAGACCAGAAGAAAUUCCUCGUCCAGAACAAGUAACUCCUGUAGCAGCUAAUGCUCCAGUGUGUCGUUUUUCUGGUAGACGUCAGCAACAGAAUGAUCCCGGUGUAGAUCUGCGAACCCAGGUGGAUACAAUGGUGAUGGAAUAUCUAACCCGGAAUCGCUCUGAAGCAAAAGUGGAAACUUUGUUAAAAGGCCUAGGUUACCUCUUGCGUCGUGUGCCAGAAGAACGACAUGCACAGUGCAUUUCUGCUAUGACUCAAGUUCUUGAUCGGUUCGCUGUCCCCCAAGAGCCACAUCACCUGGAAGAAUAUCUAAAUACAUCUCGAAGAGAACAGUUUAAUCUUCCUUCCCGUCAUCGCCCUGAUCCCCCAAUUGUGCAAGCACCGGGCCCUUUUAUGAGGGAAUUGUAUGACCUUUAA